AUGCUGGCUUUUAAACUACUUUAUUAUAAAGAAACGAAUUAUGCUUUAUUUAUAGUAUGUAACAGAUUUUUUGUGAAAGCAAAAUACCUUAAUUUGUAUUAAAAUAUAUUUAAUAGGCUGCAAUAUAUUCAAAUUUAGCCUGAAAAACAUGUAUUUUAUUGCAUAAAAAUUUGCAUAAUAUGGACUUAGACUUUAAAAUUCUAAAGCAAUCACCGCUAUCUUCAUGGGACUCAGAGUCCACAACCAAGGUCGCCCGCACCUUUGAUUUAAGAAAAAGAAGCACAUCAGAAAAAGCUUUAAAAACUGCUGAAGCAACUGCAAAAGAUAAUCGACGUGACAAAAGAUAUGGAUUUCAAAGGGACACUUUCACAAGUAGCAUUGCCAGUGAGUUCACCACUUCUAUGAACGAUUUUCUGAAAAGUUCAGCUGAGCUUCAAAGCGAAUUCCACCGCUUGUCUGAUGCAAGUCGAAAUGCGACAUCAAGAAAAUCAAAUCCUUCGUUAAAUAUAGUAAAUCGCAACUUUUACCCUAGUAUAUCAGAAGGAUCAAUUGAAAGCCCGAGAUAUCCGAUAAAAGAUGACCUUAGAAUUAUCCAGCCCAGCAAUUUAGCUAGUAAAAUCAGCAGCCCAAGGAUGGAAGGUGGUUAUGACAGUGUUGCUGAAAAACUUUUAACUGUUUUAGCAGAGCCAAAAAGACCGUCACCUGUCCCAAAACUUAACCAAGUCUGCAACUCAGCAAGAAAUUCCACACCAGUCCAAUAUAAAGAUGAUGGAGUCCUACCGACCCCACGCACAACUGUCAAAAUGUGGGAACAAGCCAAAUUAUCCCAUGAAGAAGAAAUUUUCGGGUCAUUUUUAAAGCGAAAUUUUGACUCAAAUUCAGAAGAAGACGUUUUGAUUUUGGGAAUCAUUUUUAUGUAUGAAGAGCAAAAAAAGAUUUUGCAGAGGGAGAUCAGAAGACAUCAAAAUGAAUUAGUCAAUAAAGAACCAAGCAGCUGUGAAGCCCAUGAAAAGAAAAUAAAAAGACUGGAAAACCAGAACCAAGACUUGAAACAGGAAAAUAUGAGGCUAAAAUAUGAUCUGACUCAGCAUAAGGAUGAAAGCAGAUCUUUAGAAACUACUUUGACGCAAAGCAAGGAAAAAGAUAUUUUACAAAAACUGACAGAUAUUUUGGAGACUGGGGCAGAGCACCUGCCUGAGCAAGCAGCAAAGCUGAAGUCACAAAUUAAAAAUGCAGAACUGGUAACGUACUCAAUAAUGAGAAUGGCAAAUGAAUUAUCGCUGCAUGGGGAUCCAAAUGAGCUGAGCUCAGUUAUUGAGGAAAUUCAGUGCUUUGUGUAUUCUUUGCAAAAUGAGCAUAAAGAAAUAGAAAAAUUUGUACAUGAAAUUUCAAAGACCUUAAAUGUAAGCCAAGAUCUUAAUCAAAUUUUAAAUGCGUGCAGAGCAGUGCCUUAUAUGAAAAAAUUAUUUAAUUUCCAAGAUGAUCUUAUUACCAGUAUAGAUUCGCUAUUUUUGAGGACGCAUGAGAUACAGUCUUUCUCGCAGUUUAUGAAGAGAAAACUGAAAAUGCAUCCUUCUGCUUCUUUAAGUGAAGUUCUUGAAAAAUUACGAGACUGUGUGCAUUAA